GUUAAUUGAAGAUUAUAUGAUGUCGUCCAGAGGUUCUUGUCGUGCUCCAUACAAACUUCUAAGCUUUCUGGAGUUAUUUCGCGGUUACUACACCAAUAAUAUUAUUGCUUCCCACAAGAGCUGCUGCUACCCACCUGGUGGUAACUAUCCAACCCAGACAAACAUGCAGUUGAUCAAUUACGGAACUUGGAGGAAACUCGAUCGUCAUCAUACCCCAAAAACAACGGGGAAGACUGACAAGGAGAUUAAUGCAAGAUUAACACCAGCCAUACCACCUCGUCCUCCGCCAACUAAGUCAUUUAACUUCUCUUUCUGGAGAGGAACAAUAAGAUGGAUUUUAGGGUCUGUACUAGUUUUCUUGCUCCCAAGCUUGAAGCCAAAGUGGGAGAAACUGAAGAGGAUUGAAGGAGAGGUGGAAAUGGUGGUAGAAGAAGCUGAACACGUAGCAGAGGUGGUGGAAAAGGUGGCAGCCGUGGCGGAGAAGGUAUCUGCAGAUGUUGCAGAAAACCUUCCUGAGCAUACUAAGUUGAAGACAAUUGCCUUGACCACACAACACAUUUCGCAAAUCGCUGCUCAUGAUGCUCACUGUACUCAAAAUUUCUUUCAUAAAGUUGAUGAAUUAAAGCAAAACUUGGAGGAUUUGGAUGCCAUGGUGGAACCAGUUGUGAAUAAGAUUGUUGAACAUGUGGAAGGGAAGUCAUGAUAGGAAGCAAUCCAACUAUUUUAUUUUAGUACACAAUAAAAAAUUAAUUUUUUCGUAUUUCUAAAAAAAAAUAUAAAUUAACUAAUUAGUAAUAUUAAUUUAUCCACGCAACUUAAUUUUUUUAAAAUAAUUAAUUAAUGCUUUAUUUUAAAAUAAAAUUUAAUUUUGUAAUAAACGAUUCGUAUACAGCAGCAUAGCCAAUCACCACGUGUUUCCGGGCCCAUCUCAGCAUCAGAGCCACACAUGUAAAAAGACCGCCUGAUCCAGCCGUUGAUUUCUACCGAUUUUGACAAAAAGAUAAAUGGGUGUGGAGUUUUAGGUGUACCUGACAUACACCUAAGGAAAACCUCUCUUCUUUUUACUGGUGAAAGCGCGCUCGUUUUCUCAUAACUACCAAAUUUCCCAUCUCAAUACCACUCUCUGCUUCAUUCAAUCUCCUUUCCAUGUCUUCUCUGGAAUACGGAUAGCUAUCUGUUAUCACGGAUCAUACAAGCUUCGUACUAACGACUAGGCUUUCCUCGAGGGAAAAGCACAGCACUGUGACUCUUUGAUUCUGUGAUUGUGAGUGUUCAAGAAGAUGAUUAAUGUUCUUUUCUUUCUUUUUUUGAUUGUGAUGUUAAUAUUAUCUUAUAAUGUCCUGUCGAUCCUACUACAUUACUUCUUGAUUUUUCUUUAACUUCGUGGAAUGCUUUUUGCUUGGGCGUCAAGUUUCCUGGAAACUCUAAUGCGAAAGGAAACAAUUGUCUUUUUGGGAAAACUCUUCCUAUUGUGAGUUAAAAGUGCAAACAAGGUUUACGAAGAUUGACUCCGUUGUUUAUCUUGCAUUCCACCUUAAAUAAUGGAAAUGGAA